AAAUUGCUUCCGUCCCUCACGGCCUCUCUCGAGGACAUCUUUACUCACUGGGAAAGAACUCCCUCGAAUUCCAGGAGAAGAAAAUUGAGUGAUGAGGAGACAGUCAUCCCAGAAAAGAUCAGAAUUCCUGAUCCUGUAAGCAGCUCUGAGAGCUCAGAUAAAGAAGAGGAUGAGAAAGAGAAGACAAAAGCUGUAAAUGCAACCAGCCUUUCCCUGGCCACGAACUCAGGAGUGAAUGUAGAAAGCAGUGAAGAUGAUGACUCCUCAUCAGAAGAGGGGACACCAGUUGGAAAAGGUGCAGUUACGGUGACACCAGCUGUGGUCAGUGGCAAAGCUGCCAACUCCCUGCAUUCUCCUAAUAAACCCACUGGCCCAGCAGGCAAAGCAGCGGUCCUCUCUGCUGCCAACAGAACUGUGGUCUCAAGUAAGCAGCAGCCCAAUGUACCAGCUGCAUCUGCAACUCUGGCCAAGGCUGGGCAGAAACUGCCUAGGCAUGCCACAACAGCCGUGGCCAAAGUAGGUCAAAGCGAUGCACCAGUAAUGGCCAAAGCACCGGAAAGCUCCAGCAGCAGCAGCAGCUCAUCAGAGAGUGAGGAGGAAAAGGAAACACCAGCUGUGAAGGUUCCAGCCCCCAAAGUAGAGCCGAAGCAGGCAGCUGGGACUGCUGAGAGCAGCAGUGAGGAAUCAAGUGAUGAGACGUCCUCUGAAGAGGAGCUUGCAGCUCCAGUGGUCCAGGAAAAACCAGCUGUGAAAACAGUGCAGGUUAAUGCAACACUGGUUAAAAGUGCACCUGCUGCUCCAGUGUCCUCCAAGAAGAAUGCAGUGAAGCAAAUGGCAGGGGCACCAAGCCAGGCCAAGCCCACGUCCACAACAGUUCCUGGGACUGCAAAGCCCGAUGACACAUCAGAGAGCAGCGACUUAUCAGACAGUGAAGAUGAGGAACCUCCAUCAGUAACCCAGACAAAACCACCAAAAUCUUCCCGGGCCGUCCCAUCCCCGGUGAAACCUAUGCCAGCAGCAUCACUCACUGGCAAAGCAGCUCCAGCAAAAACACUACCACUGUCCCAAGAUAAGCCAGCCCCAAAGCCAGCAGUGCCAAAGCAGGUCAAAACCACAACGGCAAGGACUGCUGCUCCCACGAAGCCUGCUGAAAGUACAAAGCCAGUAGAGAGCUCUGACUCCUCGGGCAGUGAAGAGGAGGAUCUCCCUGUGCCUGUCAGCCAGAAGAGGUUAACAGAACAGCCUGGGCCUGUUCCCAACCUGAGCCAAGCUGCUAAAGCUGGGUUGCCUGAAAAAGCAGUGGGAAGCACCUUGAAAAGCCAGGUCUCAGAAAGUGAGAGCAGUGACUCGUCUGACAGUGAGGAGGAGUUCCCUGCGGCACAGGCACAGCCUCCCCAAGCUGCUUUACCUGCAGUGAAAACCAAUGCUGUGCCCCAGCCAACAAAUGUGAAGAAGGCACCGACUCCAGCACCAGCGCCAGCCCCUCCACCUGUGGACAGCAGUGAUGAUUCCAGCGAGGAGUCGGAUUCAGAGGAAGAAAUAGUCCCCUCUUCACAGGCCGCCCCUCCUUGCCUAAAGCAAACGGUUCCUGUGGGAAAAGCUCCUCCAGCCAAUGCUGCCACCUCGCAGGCUGCUUCGCUGCUGGGAAGUCCCACUGGCAAGUCGAGGAAGCCAGGCCCACAGCCAGCAGAGGACACUCGGCUGAGCCAGGCCAAGCCGCCCACCCAGGCAGAGGAGACCUCCAGCAGCAGCAGUUCUUCAGACAGUGAUGAAGAGGAGAUGCCCAAGCAGCCCCCCAAAUCUGGCUUGCAGCAGAAAGCAGGAGUCACCCAGCCAGCCCACAGCUCCUCGGAGUCCAGUGAGGAGGAGGAGGCAGCGUCGCAGUCCAUCCUCACAGGCUAUCUGGGUAUCUCCAAGACCCCAGCAACACCCCAGACACCAAAGACGGUUCCCCCUGUGCCUGUAGGCAAAGCAGGGCAAGGAAAAGCAGCUGUGACUGCUGCAAACUCCAUCUCCAAGGCCUCUGUAAAAGUAGCCCCAGCCAGCAGCUCCAGCAGUGACUCUGACACAGACGUGGACCAGGCGGCUGCAAACCACAAAGCAGAGAACAACCCCCUUCCAGGGCAGGAAGCCACAGGAGCCUCCAACAAAGAGAAGGUGGCAGGAAAAACAGAGCCAGGUCAUGUCAGCCUCAAACCUUCCCCAGUCAAGAAAGCUCUGGCCGUGAAAGAGAAUGGUGCUGGGGCAAAAGGGGCGCAGGGGAACCCAGCAUCAUGUGGACCCUUCUCUGUUCCACAAUCUGAGGAGUCAAGCUUGGAGAGUGAAACCGAGAUCAGCACUGCUGCCAAAAUUCCUCCAGUGCAAACACUGGAAGGAUUAGAAGAGGAGAAGAAGAAGAAGAAAAAGAAAAAGGAGAAAAAAGAGAAGAAGGAAAAGAAUAAAUCUUCCUCUGUGGCAGACAAGGCUGUGAAAACAUCUAAGAGCAAAGACAAAGAGAAUAAGAAGCAGAAAACAUCUCAGAAGCGGAAACUGCCAGGAGAGGAUGGAGCUGUUGGGCAGCCCAAGGAGAAGAAGCAGAAAGGACAAGCUAGCGAAGAGGUACCCAAAAAGAAAAAGAAGAAAGCAGCUGGUGACCUGGAGAAGUUGCCAGGCAGCAAGGAAAAGAAAAAGUCAGCCAAAAAAAAAAAGCCUGGAAAAGAAAAGAAGAAGAGCAAAAAGACAUCUUCAGAAGGGGAGCCUGUAGCAGAUGGCUCUGCUGAGGUUCACAAGAAGAAGAAGAAGAAGAAAACAGCUGAGCCCGAAGGAUUGUGA